AUGAGCGGUGAACCACAUACGGAUGAUGCCAUUCGCGUUGUUGUAUCACCGUCUCAAGCCUCCUACUUCGCUGGCGAACCGUUCUCCGUGACUAUAACCUUCACCAACACUCGGAGCCCAGAUGCCGUCCCUCCUCGCUCUGCUUCACAUUCUGCUACGCAUUCACACAAGCGUAGUGCACAUUCCAUCAGCUCUGUACCGAUGGCGCGGCCGCCAACUUCUCCCGGAACCAUUCGUUCUGCUAUACCCGCUUUGCCCAUACGCCACUCAGAGUCUGUCGGUCCAAUAGCUCGGAAAGGAUUAAUAGGCAGAGACCGGCUUCCUGAUACUAGCAAGGACCCUGAUAUUGGAGAGCCCAGCACAUCUAGAAGACUGUUGAUGAAAUCCCUCUCUAUUUCCAUCACGCCAAAUGAUCUGCAACGUCCACCUCAAGACAUUGUCAAGGGGAAGUCUCCUCUGAGUCAGUUACGGACAAGCGAUGUACCAUACCCAUCACCGACAUCCCCUCGGAUUUCAUCCCCGCUUGCAAGAUCGGCCUCUUUUCCCAUCGCGCCGAACCAUCCCCAUGCUCGCAAACAAUCUAUGAUGGACGGGCAGCUGCAAGUGCAGGACCUGCGUCCUCCGCCUAGCUUCGGAUCAUCGCCUACCAUGCCGCCCAUGACACCUGCCAUAACCUCUCCAAUACCUCAAACAGACCCAGCUGCCUUCCGCACCCAGAUUCCGUCAGCCGUGAACAUAAGCAGUUCUGCUGCUCGUGCAGGACCUAGACGACCACCCCAGCUUGGCCAUGGACCCCCUCCAGCUGCAAACAGCACACUCAAUCCAAACCAGCCGCCACGGACUGCAUUUUCGUCCUCUUUUCCUCUGCCAAAUACCGAGCUUAUCUUGUAUUCGUAUGCUCAGCUCGUCGGCACCUUGUCGCUGACGCCCGCUGGCCCGAGCACUCCUGACCAGGCACGCACAUUGCAGGACGUCCGUGCUCGUCUCCUCAAGCGGCAGGUGGUGGGAGGUGGCAGCAUGGACAUCACACCAUCACUGAGUUCGCGCCCAUUCGGUCAUGGACAGCAUCUGGGCCAGAGCGGACGAUCCUCGCGAGGCCGGAGCACAUCUGUCUCGUCACUAUUCUCACUCCUGUCUCCAACUUCACUCAUGCCCACGUCGCCGACCUCCAGCCAGCCGUGGUCUCCUGCGCACCGCGCGCGUGCGCCCUCUAUGUUCUCUCUCUUCUCUUCGGACCCUGCGCCAGGACCCAGCGGGGUCGGCCUCGGUUUCGGGGCGGGCGUGGGGACGGGUGCAGAGCAGGACGUCGACCCGGAGACGCCUCUGCCGACAUUCGAGAUGCAGCCGUCUAUGCUCGCCGUCGACCUGAGUCUGGCGCCGGGCGAGUCGCGUAGCUACACUUAUACCGUGGUGUUGCCGGAGAACCUGCCGCCGACAUAUAAGGGCAGGGCGCUGAGGCUGUCAUACCAAUUCAUUCUCGGCGUGUGUCGCGCUGCGUCGAGCACACCUGCCGGUGGCAAGGGUCCGACAGGGGCUAACAGCAGCAGCCGGGUCAUGAAGGUGCCCAUACGUGUGUACAAUCACGUCGUUGUGGGAAGACAACCAUCACCGUACGACCUGCUAUGGCCCGUAUCGUUCUGGAAAUCGAGGGGAGCACCGUGUAGUGCCAAGGUGGCUGAGGAGCCACGGCAUUUGCCCAAAACGGGGACGCAAGCGUCAACGCCAGGGACAUCACAUCCUCAAGCCAAGAGCGGCACAUUCGAAGACUUGCAGGACUUUGCACGCAACUUGCUCUCCUCCUUUCACGAUCAUGAUCCAAACGCUCGCGGGGUGCGCAUCAGGCUACCUUCAGAAGCGCUCGAGCUUGAGCGGGAUCGCGAGCGUGAGGAGGCCGGUGCACUUUCAGGCUGUAGACAAGCCAUUGAGAUGCUCACGCGCAAUCCACGGAAAGCAUCUUACGACGUGACCAAGGAUGGCGUCAAGGUGGCUGUGCUGACAUUCACAAAAUCAGCGUACCGGUUAGGCGAGACAGUGCUCGGGGUAGUAGAGCUGAACGACCGCUCGAGUCGCGCAAGAGUGUUGAAGCUGUCAGCAUUGCUGGAAGCACAUGAGUCGUUACCGAGUUCAAUAUCGUCUCCAGUAAACGCACGACAGACGCGUCGCGUGCACGCAGAGCACCACUCGUCGUUCAUACCAUCUACUCUGCGGACAACCUUCUCACUGGACAUCCCACCAGACGCCAGCCCAGCGUUUCAGGUCAGCAUCGAUGGCGCCCCAGGUACCCAGUCCUCACCAGGCGGGCUGGAGUGGAAAGUACGUCUAUGCCUGCUAGUGGCUGUUGCGUCGUCCACCUCGCGAGGAGGCCCCGACGGUGUGCGCUUGCGCCAGCUCGUGCGCGAUAGAUCGCCGGGUGACUGGGGCGCAUCGUGGAAGGGGACCGCAUCCAUCGCACCUAUGGAGCGGCCAGACCUGCGCGCGAACGCGGGUGUCCAGAGCCCAACGACGCCAAGCACGGCGGCGACAUGGUUAUCGUACUUCACCGCGCCGCUACUAGGGCCGUCGGCAGAAUAUCACGACGGAGACGACGAAGGGCCGGGGUCUGACUCAGAUGGAGACGAAGGUGCGGGUCUGGGCGACGAAGUUGAAUGGCGGGAAGUGAAUGCAGAGAUGGUGGAGUGUGAGGUGCCGAUACGGGUAUGGCCUGGGAACACGGCUUUCAAGGCGACGGACGUGGUGUUCGACGUAUAG